AUGGUGGGGGUAGUCAGAGAUUUGGAUAGCAAAUUAGUUAACCUUGUGACCACAAGAGCCGCGUUACUUGUCAAAGAUGUACACAUGCGCAAUGGCGGUUGGAUCAGAUGGGUUUAUUUGCACCAACGCUCAGUGACACGAACGGAUUUGAGCACUCCCUUCCCUUCCAAUCGCACAUCGUACAUCAUUGACCGAUUAGAAAAUCCUGUACCUUUGGCAGGAAUUGGUGAAUUGUUAGAAGACAAUGGGAACGACGAUGAAAUAGAAAAUAUUGCCAUUAACGCAAUCGUUGAAAUUGCAGAAGGUUUCGUUCAAAGAAUACAUAGGACAUGCAUAACCAAUUACAUUGAAAAUACAGUGCCUAUGUAUACAGAUAGAGAAUUUGUUAUGCAUUUUCGUUUGAAAAGAACGCUUUUUAUGAGUAUGGUAGAGAAAUUUAAUCAUUGGCCAUAUUUUAGAAAUUUAGGAGGAAAUGGAGGAUUCAAGCAGUGGAUACUGUUUACAAUUUAUUACGCUUUACGCGAAAUUUAA